AACGCUCUUCUCUCUUUGUAUGAUCUCUCACUCCUAUUUCUAUAACUAUAAUACUAUAUCAUAUUGAUAGCUCCCUUUCAUCAUCUUCUCAUCAAAGUUUUUACACAUACUUCAUUUCUCAGUAUAUAUUAAAACUUAGAUAUGUCAACAACUUCAACAAUCACAACCACCACAAAAACCCUACCAUACCAUUCCUUGCUUCUAGCCCAAGUUAAAGUUAUACUCAAUAUUCAUCUCAUCAAUAAUAAUAGUAACACAACAGUUUACUAAUCAAUACCUCAUGAGUACAAUUCCCUUGGAACAAUAAAGUCUUUGAAUUUUUUCUAGCUCAUGGCAAACCAACAAGAUUUGGCAGUUCAUUUUCCAGCCCAGAUUAUUAGAAAGAACAAAACUGGUGGACAACAAAAGAAAGAGGAACUUGAAAAAGAGGUUGCUGAGCUUAGGAAAAUGUUGAAUCAUGAACAAAAAGUGCAUGAAUUUCUGGAGAAGGUUCAUCAGCGAAAGGACGGUUCAUCUUUCAGCAGUCCAAAUUACCUUCCUCCUAAGAUGAAGGAGCUAUUUGCAGAACUAGCCAUGGUUGAAAAUGAAAUAGUUAAGUUGGAAAGCCAAAUCAGCCAGCUACAAUGUAAUGUGAAUAAAGAGAAGGAAAUCAACAUUACUGAAAAAACCAAGUCCAAACAAUUUGUACCAAAGCUGAAACAAUCGCAACAACAAGGAAUUAUCAACACUCCUCAUAAUAUAACUUCAUCACUUCCACCAAAUCCAAACAAAUUCAAAGGGCUAAAUGAUCAAAAGUUGCCAUUUGAGACUAAGGCAUUGCAUUUCAUUAGCAAAGCUAUAAAAGGUGAUUAUGGUCUUAAUGAUUUCAGAAUCAAUGAGAAAUUAAUUAUGAAGUCAAAAGUCAAUAUUAAUGAUCAGGAGGAAAAUCAACUACAUCAAGAAGUUAGAACAUUUGGGGAGAGAAUUUCAAGGAAAAGUGGGAUGAUUAAAACCCCUUCUCCUUUAAGAGAACCAAGAAAUCCAACUCCAAGAAGAGAACGUAACGCAGAGAUCCCAAAAUUUAUGUCAACUCCAACACACGAACUUCAACCAAAAGUAAUGCCAAGUCCACUUCACACAGAAGAAGACACAAUUCAUCGUUGGCCACCAAAUAAAUUAUCUGAAAACAUUAUGAAAUGUUUGAUAUUUAUAUUUAUAAGGUUGCUUAGAACAUCAAGAGCAAUGGAGUUAGAAAAAUCAGGUCCUAUUGCUAGGUCAAGCAAUUUCUCUUUAAGUUUCAGAGCUGAACCAAAUUUGAACUCGAAAACAAGCCUAUUGAUACAGAAAGAUUCAAGACAACAAGAUCCUUAUGGUAUUUUUGAUUCAGAAGAAUCAAUUCCAAGAGAUAUUGGCCCUUACAAGAAUUUGGUUAGAUUUGCAAAAAGUUCUAUGGAGGCAAAAUGCAUCUCGACUUCUAAUUCCAUCCCUCUAUUUCAAAAGCUCAAGCUUAUGAUGAACAGUCUACAAAAUGUAGAUUUAAGACUGCUGACUUACCAACAGAAGCUAGCAUUUUGGAUCAACAUGUACAACGCUUGUAUCAUGCAUGGAUUUCUUCAACAUGGAGUUCCUUCCAGUUCUAAUCCUGAAAAAUUUCUGUCACUUAUGAACAAGGCAACUCUAAAUAUUGGUGGCAAUACGAUAAAUGCACAUGCAAUCGAGCAUUUUAUCUUGAGAAAACCAGUAAAUAAAGAGGUCAAUCGAAAAGGUGAAAAAGAGGAUAAAGAAACUAUAGUUCGUGGACUACAUGGACUUGAAUCAUUCGAUCCAAAUAUAAUGUUUGCUUUAUGUUGUGGCACACGUUCUUCUCCAGCAGUGAAGAUAUAUACAAGUGAUGGAGUUACAGCUGAGUUAGAAAAAUCAAAGUUAGAAUAUUUACAAGCUUCACUAAUUGUAACAAGCACAAAGAAAAUAGCUAUACCAGAGCUUCUGCUAAGAAAUAUGAAUGACUUUGCUCAAAAUUUGGACUCAUUAGUAGAGUGGAUUUGCCAACAAUUACCUACAUCAGGUUCAUUGAGGAAAUCCAUUGUUGAUUGUUUCAGAGGUGUUAAUGGAGGCAAAAUGUCCACCAUUGUUGAGAAGAUACCUUAUGAUUUUGAGUUUCAAUAUUUGUUAUCUGUAUAACAUUGAAUUGUAUUUUUUUGUUGAAUAAUUAGUCGUCAUUAAUUUGUAUUUAGUGGAACUUUUCUAUUA